AAUUGUCAAGGCAAUUUUCAUAGAAAUUUCAUUUCUUGGUUUUCCUCUUUCCGCAUUUUCAGCGAAUAAUAUGAUAAAUUAACUAAAUACAUAAUAUAUAUAAUAAAUAAAAGUCCAUGAGUUAGUGAGUAAACAAUUAAAUACAAAAAUAUAUAAACAAUUAUAUAAAUAGAACGCAAGGAAAAACGUAACUUUGAAUAAGGAGAUAUAAAGUGACCAGCAAACAAGAAAGAAUCCCUUAAAAGUGUAGAGAAGAAAUAAGCACAUUUUUUAGAUGUUAACAAUACUACUGCGUAACACAGUCCUUAAUGUACGACACAGGACAACAAGGACCGUGUGUGGCCAUGUCGAUGUUAAACGCAAUUUUUGCAUCUCUAUAAAGAGACCUGCACAAUUGCCUCAAUUGUCGCCGUAUGAUGUUAAUAUGAUUUUAAAAGAAAAUGAAUUUAUGUAUGUCAUUCCGGAGCAACAAAAUAGUACCAUACACAGCUAUGAAUCUAAUCAAGUGGCCUCCAAUAAACCUUGUGAAGAUUGUCGUACUGAAGGCAGUUUUUUGCAUAAAAAAGGUUUUAUUUGUGGCAUAUUUGAUGGCCAUGGUGGACCCGCCUGCUCUCAAGUUAUAUCCAAGCGUCUGUUGCGUUAUAUAGCAGCCUCCUUAGUGGAACGUAAAAUCUUAAAAGAACAAAUUGAUAAGGGUUGCGAUAGUCAAUCGUUUUUAAAGUGUCAUAAUGAUAAUGUGGAUUUUGUUAAAGAUAUUAAGGAUAUCUAUGAGGAAAGUUUUAGUAAAUACGUUAAAUCAUUAUCUAGUCAAGAAUUACAAGAUUUCUCAACAACUAUUGAAAAUGCCUUUCUCUCGUUGGACAAUGAUUUAUCGGAGGAGGCCUUGAAUAAUACAAAUAUGAGAACAAUGGCUGUGGCGAUGUCAGGUGCCGUAGCUUGUGUUGCUCACAUUGAAGGUCUUGAUAUACAUUUAGCUAGUACCGGCGAUUGCACAGCAGUUUUGGGAUCAGUAUGCCCGGAAACAGGCAGUUGGAUAUCGAAAAAACUUAAUCAGGAACACAACACCGAUAAUCAACAAGAAGUACAACGAAUAUUGCUGGAACAUCCCAAAGAGGAACAUGAUACAGCCAUACGAAAUGAUCGUUUACUCGGACAAUUGGCGCCCCUGCGUGCAAUGGGGGAUUUUCGCUAUAAAUGGUCAAAUGAAAUAAUGGAUAAAUAUGUAGUACCAGUAUUUGGCGAAAACGCAGUACCGCCUCACUAUCAUACACCGCCCUACCUGUCAGCGAAACCAGAUGUUGAACAUCACCGGCUAUCAGUCAACGAUAAAUUCCUUGUAAUAGGCAGUGAUGGUCUGUGGGAUUUUCUAACACCCUCACAAGUGGUGAGUUUGGUGGGUGAUCACUUAAAUUCGAAAAAAUCUCUAGAGCCAGUAAAAUUGCCAGCUGAUGAUGUGACUUUGCAGGAAAUUUCAAAUAUACUAGCCGAAAGGAAAGCUGGCAGAACCCGCAAGCCUUCUGAUCAAAAUUCCGCCACCCAUUUGAUACGUCAUGCCCUGGGCGGCACGGAGUAUGGCAUUGAACAUUCAAAAAUCGCUUACUAUUUAUCACUACCUCAGGAUGUUGUACGUCUCUAUCGUGAUGAUAUUACAAUUACCGUAAUCUAUUUUAAUACAGAUCGUAUUACUGAUUUACAUAAACAAUCAACAUAAUUGUUCUUUUUGUGAAAACUGCAAGAAUUAACAAACUAAAUUGUAUUUUUAUUUUUACUUUAAAUUUGGCAUUAAUUGGUAUUGUUUUAUUUUAUUAUUAUUUUAAGGCUAUAUUUUAUAAAUGUAUAUAUUUAUAGUUCAAUUAUUAUUAUUUUUUAACUUAGCGAUUUUUUGUGUUCAUUAUUUUUUUAAAUCGACUUCAUGUGUUCCAAAAUUUACCUGCAUUAUUUAGUUUAUCAUUAUUAGUUUUUUCUUUUUUUGUUUUGCUUAUGAUUUUUUAAGCAGUUUGUUUUUAGUUUUAGCUUUAACAUAAGCUGGCAUUAGUUUUUAAAUGUGCUUUUUUAUACAUCGAUAAAUAUAUGUAUAUCCACCCUUAGGAAUAACCCACACACAUUUUGCACAAAAAAACUCACUCACAAAUACUGUUUAUUGUAGCAGACAACAGUCAAUUGCCAAAAUAAGAAAAUACAAAUUAUAAUAAAUGUCCUGAACAAAAAAGCUAUUUAUACUAAUAAAUAGCAAAAAGAA